GCAUGGUUGAGCAGGACUGUGGGUAUGCUUUCCCAGUGACCUGCUCUGUUGGGAUGGAUUAGUGACGGAGUGGUGCGAAGAUAUUUGCACCUGUAGAGGUUGUGUUUCCUUGUGGGCCGUUCAGCAGAUUACGAAAACAGGCGCCCGCGCAUUUUUUCCUGAUGUCAGCUCUUUUGGGCCCAGUCUCAGCUUAGAACAUUUGUGUCAGUGUUGGCAAAAUACAUCAGAAUACCAGUCAGCAGCUGCCAGCCGCAGCGUCAUCCUUCAGCAUGGCGGGGCGUGUUUGCUUCCUUAUUGCGAUCCUUGCAGCCGCACGAGCGAGACGUGUAUCAGUGAGCGAUCAGAGUCUCGAUGCUGAAGAUCAGGAGCAGGAUGCGCGCAGUCUCGAGUCGCUCACUCAGAAGUACGGUGAUGGCCUCAAUUUCACCGUGUCCAUGUCCAUCGCCCACGGCAAUGCCAUCGGAAAAUUGAGCAUGCAGUUCAGGAGAGGUGGCACGCAAGUCACCAACAAAGGUUUCAGCAACGAAGCAGCGAGCUCGGAAUACUGGCGAUCCGGCUCUGCUCUCGGCAAGGACGAUGACUACGUGUGGGAGGUCCAGUCCGACGUUGCUGGGGGCUCCUCCGCCUCCUUCACCUUUGACCACGGCGUCUCGGACCUUGUCUUUGGGGACCUGCUGGUGGAGAGCGACGAGGAGUUCUUCCGCAUGGAGUUCGAGGAGACGGCCUAUCAGAAGGUGCAGCCUCAGUCGGCCUGGCUGUUCCAGCAGCCUGUGGAGGACGCGGUAGGCCAGCACCUGCGCGAGGAGAUCAGGGAGAGCUCGCUCAGGGUGGGCGACUGGCACCCAGACGGGGGCGCGGUGGCGGACUUUUUGCCGCGUCGAGACAGGGCCAUGAUGUCGUAUACCCCGCGCCUGAUGGCCAAGAAGUCCGUCUGGGAGGAUGCAGGCGGGAAGUUCAAGAAGGUGGUGAUGCAGCGCCCUGCUAUCAUGGACAUCGACCUGCUGUUCGGCGAAGAGGAGAUGCCCAUGACCAGGACGGUGCGGAAGUCGAUGGACGUUGUUCGCGACAGGAAGUACAAGGGCAAACAGGGCAACUUCCCGAGCCUCGGGACGUGCAAGGACUCGGACUCCGUCUGGGACCAGGCCCACAAGACCGCGGGCUAUUUCUGCGGCAGGACCAGCUCCGAGCAGUGCUCCACCGCGGAGGAGUGCGACAAGCUUGGCGGCCGGUGGAAGCCGAAGUACUGCAUGGCGGCGAAGAAGGGAUCGCCUGGGCAGGAGCCGACCUGUGGUUGUUGCAAGGACAUCCCUGGGCUGUGGCACUCCGUCGACCCCGCAAAACUACCACCGAGGCUUCGCGACGGCGUUCUGGGGCGCCCGAGGGCCCCUAU